UUACUUACAUUCAGCAUAGUAUGACAAAGGUACGCAUAGCUCCGGAAGUCGCUCGUUACUACAAUUCUUGAAGACACACCCAUGUUUAUCACGUAACAGAGGACGUUUCCGAACUCCCAAAUUCUUACUCCGACUCACACGUUUAUUGUUCCCAGUCGGCAAUUUAAGGAGACACUGGCACUACGAUAAGCCCACGACAAUACGAUAAUGGACGCUCUUCGCCUAAUGGCUGGCAUCCUGCACGGUCCAAGCGCAGUCCAGUCAAUGCUAACAGUCCGAUUCCCUCGCUCAUCUACGUCUCAUUGGAUGCGUUGUCUUGGGCCGACUAAAUUUUAAGCUUUCGUGUUUCAUGUGAUUGUCUGGGAUCACGUUGCCGGUGAUUGUCGACAUCCUCGCGUGGGUUGAGGACCCGAGUCUCGGAGUAGCAGCGCUAGGAGCAAUCGGCGGACAACGUCGGUCACGAACGAUGGACGCACGUUUUCGAAAACGAUAACCAAAAGCUUACGAACCUAGUGUCUGGGAUGCAGUGUUGAGGAUGAAAUAGUGCCUGUAACAUUGUACGUGUGCGGUGCGUGGUGACGGACAUGCCUGAGUGUCGAGGUCUGGCUUCUAGUGUGAAAAAAAAGAAGUCACUUCGGCCGACUCGGUUGUUGAGUCACUUGAGCAGUUCCAUUUGCUUGAUGCGAUAACAUUUUAGAUGCAUCUAAGCUCAGUGCAAGUGGUGUGCGCGGCUCUGGUGACGCUGGCUCUGGGAGCGGCGGCCGCGCCACAGGCGGCUACGCCCCACCACGUAGCCCGCCGCUCCUUCUUCAACCUCCAAUGCAAAGGAGUCUACGACGCGGCCAUCUUUGCCCGCCUGGACAGGAUCUGCGACGACUGCUACAACCUCUUUAGGGAACCGCAGCUUUAUACUCUGUGCAGGCAAGACUGUUUCACGACAGAUUACUUCAAGGGAUGCGUCGAGGUGCUCCAAGAGAACGACCAGCUCGAGCUCUUCAAGACCUAUAUAAAACAGUUACACGGGGCCGAUCCAGGGAUUUAGGGAAAAAUGCUUCACAACGCCCUACUUCAAGGGCUGCAUGGAGUCUUUGUACCUCUACGACGAGGAGGAACAGAUAGAUCAAAUGAUCGACUACGUCGGGAAACGCUAACGCCACCAGCCGCCCACCACUUCGCGCCAACUUUUGACGGGCCGCCAUCUUGGCCCGCCACCACAGACAACGUACAAACUAAGGCCGAACUCCACCGCUUUGCCAUCAAAAGCAUACAAAAGUCAAGUUCCUCCAAUUGACGUUUGCUUGCUAUCCUCAACGUAUUCUAGUCUAUAACGCGACAUAUUAUUAUGUUUGCAACUAAUUGUAAUGUUAUCAUAAUUUAGAUAAUGUGUAUUAAGGACAUCUAUAGUGUUAAUGUUAUUAAGUGUUAAUGCUUGAUAGCUGUGGGAGUGUAAAGUACAUUGAUUGUUUAUAUUAGAUCACCUCCUAGGUUAGUUUCCCCAUCAGAGGCAGAGGUCGCCGGUCGCCUUUCGUUCAAACUGUCUCGCUAUCUCCGACUGAGAUUGAAAUAUUUAAUUUAAUGGUAACGCAUUCCAAUCACAGUAUUUAAAACGCUUUUUUAUUGAAAUUAUCUGACAACAUUUCGUUUGUAUUAUCGAGUAUUAUGUAUAAAUAUCUAAAUAAGGUUAAAAUAAUGGUAUUCUUAUAAUCACACAAGUGGCUUAUACAUUUAUUCAUUUUCCGACUGUUUAGUUUAUAUCAUACAUACGCCUAUGUUAGAGUAAUAUUAUAGUUUAAUUUGGACUUUUUAAUUCAUUUUACAUUGUUUUAUGAAACACGACCGUCUUGCACUAAAUUCUACAGAAUUUUGUCAUAACAUCACAUUUUCGCAGUAUUAAAACUAAUAGAUAGUUCUACUUAAUUCAAACUACUUAUUUUUAAGAAAAUAAAAUUAUGUAAGUUAAAUCAAAAUAUUAUUCAUCAGUUGUGUAUUCAAAAUGAGAGAUUGAGAAUAAUAAUUUGUUUGUGUACAGUACAAAUAGUAAGAAAUGGCAGCAUACAUUUGAAGGUCAACAAAUACUACUUAAAUCUCGCAAAGAAACCGAAGUAAUUAUUCAGAAAGAAGUAUUCACGUUUGAUAAUUUUAGUAAUAGCUUAUAGUUUUAUUCAGCUUAUUCAUUGUACAAUCGACUUUUUAAUAAAUACUUAUUUCAAACCCGUGCAAGCGGUCGUGAGCUAUUUUUCGCUUUAACCAGGAUUCAGUUGUAUAGUGCGAGUUUUAAUUAAUUAGUUUUAAGUAUUUAAUAGAGAUUUAUUUUUAUAUACUUCCGACCUAUUUAUUAUUUGUUACUACGAACGUUUUAUUUAUUUUUAGCAGUUUCUAUUGAGCAUCGAUCGAGGGUACCAGUGGAUAUAGUCUAAGAUAUUUUUUAACUACUCACUGAUUUCUGAUUUAUGUACAUAUAAGUUGCGGUUUAUACUUAUAACAUUGUUUAGUUCAACUGAAUGUCUUCUCUGUUUGAAUCUCAUCUGUUUUAGUGAUAUUAGCGUUUCUUUUAACACUUUUUGAUAUUACUUUCCUCUUUCGAAACAUUGUAACAAACAUCCUAAUACAACACUUACAAGUCUGUUAAAUAACACGUAUUUUAUAGAAAAAUGGUGCCAAUAAAGUCCCGAGACACUAGGUUAAAAUUAGGUAAUUAAUAAAAGAUGUUUAUCGAAAAAUAUUUAUACUAAGAACAU